GCCAGAAUCAAUGUUUGCCUGCGCUUUCUCUGGCCACGUCAUUUGCGGAAGAUGGACGACACUCUCUACGACGCUCUCACACCUGUGCUCAGCAUACCGACUCUCCCCGCCGCGUUGUCCGCUCUCGUCUCGAGACCACCCUCAGGCAGGCGCGAAGACGAAGAUAAACAACGAGAACGGCUCUCGUCACAUGCCGACGCAUUUCGCAGGUCUCUCAGCAGAGAUCGCCCCCGCUACGAGGAUGAGGAGGAGAGAGAGAAACUAGGGGGGUUGAGACAGUGCGCCUGGACGCGGCUGGACAAUAUCGACGCUGGCGAAGAGGAGAAUCAGCGGUUAGAGCUGCGUGUCGGGAAAAAGCGAAAGCGGAAAGUAGGAGGAAGGGGGGAUGGUGGUGGUGAUGGCGAACACCCACAACUCAAAGGACUUGCCGUGUCUCUUAUCUACGAGAAAGACACGUUCCAGUUCGUGAUAUACACCCGUUCCCUGGGAUCCGACCUCCCCAAGCGCAAGCGGAUCGCUGCCAUGACAUACCAGCGCACUACAGAGUCGAGAGAAGAGAGCGCGAUUUUGCUCUCAAAGUCUUCAACCGCAGCGCUGAAAGCAUUCACGGCCUAUCUCCGCGACACGUUCGCGGUCGCCGGCGUUUAUCCCUUUGAACCGUCGUCAAGCCUGAUGCAGUCGACCCUCGAAAAGUAUCUGGGCACAAUCCGCGCUUCUCUCCCCGACGCCGGUGACACCAGCUCAGAAGCCAUCCUACAAAACUUCAGCAACAUCAUCGGCAAAAUCGAACUCACUUUCUCCUUCUCCCAUCCCGUGGCCAAGGGUCUGAAGUCUCUCCACGUCGCCGUUCCAGCCACCUCGUUCCUUACAUGGUACAUGCCCACCGAAGCUUCGCGAGGGGGACACCGGGGGUGCAGGAAAACAUUCUUGGGUUCGCUGGCUGGCUGGAUCCGGACCAAGUCGGGUCUCGGCCUACCUAUUCUCUACGAGAAGGACGGACAAGACAAUCAUAAGAAGGGUGAUGAUGACAGCGACAGCGACAGCGACAAUAAUGACGACGAUCUCUCAAACACCGCCGAUCCCCGACGAGGGAAGGCGGCGCCGGCGUCAGUGAUGAUGAAAAUCUCGAAAAUCUCGACCGAAGCCUACACCAUCUCAGCCACUUCGGGCGUGAAAUUCAAGUCCCGAGCCGUCCAUGCCGCCGAGGUGGCUGGCGCAGGAGCGGACUCGGACAGGGACGGAGAAGAAAACGACAACUGCGUUCGACGUGCAAAUAGGGAUCUCCUGCUGGCUUUUAUCGACUACGCGCGAUGUGAAGCGAACGGCAGGGAUGCGCCAUCGACGACAUGACAGGCCAUUGACGGUGUGACGUGAUACGACAGCACAUGACAGGACAUGAUGUGAAGCGAUAUAAGAGCGGCGGCGGCUGGGUCAUGAUUAGGGCGUUUUGACUGUACUGUCCGCCUUUUGGGAUAGAAGGCCUGACCUACUGCUUGGAUUUAUCUUGGAGGAGGGGAGAUGGAUGGUCGAGUGCCACGAGCCAAGACUACCAUCGGGCAGGCAGUCAGGCAGGUACUAAUAGUCGAGCAAAUGAGGAGGAUACCUAGGUACAUACCUAUAUACUCCGUAUAGGGUCGCAACCAUUCAGACAGGCACGUGGAAACGCCAUAUCCCCUUCC